AUGUCUUUUGCCUCGGGCAGCAGCAACACUUCUUCCCCGGUCGGGCAGUACACCAUGACUGCAGCAGGACAAGGUGGCCUGCUGUUUCCUCGAUCCAGUGCCGCGAUAGAGAUGACACCAGCUCCUGAUUGCAAUAUCAACUUGGAUGAUUGGGCAGGUGCUUGUAUCAAUGGCGUCCAGGCCAUGACACCCAGUCCGGAGUGCCAACCGCUGUCAAGCUACGACCUCAACAUGAACCAAGCCUGCGCCGAUAUUUCGACACUGGCCAUGAGCACCCAAGCCGGGGUCAUGAUGGCACCUCAGUACUCCCUACCGAGUGAGCUCGAGGGUCUCGGUCCCAUUCUUGACUUCAACACCAUGGCAGAGCAAAUGCCCUCGAUCAUGGCACAAACCCCCAUGGGCGAUCUCGGCUCAGGCUUUGACUUCAACACACUGUCAUCGCAAAUCACUCCCACCACAGCCUCUACCUUCAUGGCACCAUCGACACCUCCCUGUCAGCCUUUCGAGCUCCCAGCCACACCCCUGAAGCCACCCACUAGGACCCGCCUCCCCAGCAGGGUAUCCAAGAUGCCGUCCAUUCGAGCGCCUUCGAGCAAGAACAGCAACAGCAACAGCAACAGCAACAGCAAUGGCUUCAAGAUCCCACCGCCAUCUGCCGACCAGCCGAGGACUUGGCACACGUGGGCCCCUUGGAUCAACUCGCUGACCGAGGACGAGCUGCGCAAGCUCGAGACGCGACAGCUCGCGCCGCUGUACUACCCGGAAGGCAUGACUGCCGAGGAGAAGAAGAUGACGAGUGAAGCCAACCGCAAGCUGCAGCAGGCCAAAAACUACAAGCGACGCCAGAUCAACAACGCUGCCGCCGCCAAGUCGCGCCGCAAGAAAGUCGAGGACCGUGAUCGUGCCCUCCAGGAGUGUGAGCUCGAGAAGGAGAAGAAUAAGUGUCUCAGCGCCGAGCUCGAGCUUGCCCACGCCAAGAUUACGCAGCUCAGUAGCCAGUUGGCGAGGUUUAUUGGUGUGUGA